AUGAAUAAGAAAAGACACUUUCUGGAUCCUCCAGUGAUCAAAGACUACCUGGUCAAAGGAGAAAGAUUUACGAAAUGGUCAGAGGACUCAACAAAGACUCAUCCGGUCACCAUGAAGAUGGAUCCAAAAGGUUUUUAUAUCUACUGGAUCACCCAAAGCAAGGAGACAACGUUCCUGGAUAUUCAGACUAUCAGAGAUACCAGAACAGGAAAAUAUGCAAAACUUCCCAAACACCCCAAGGUUCGCAACGUGUUUAACCUGGAUUUCCCGGAAAGCAACCAUCUCGCCAAAACUCUGACCAUUGUCUCAGGUCCAGACACAGUGAAUCUGACCUAUCAUAACUUUUUUGCCUCUAAAGAAAAAGUGACACAGAACUGGGCAAGUGACAUUCUUGCAAUUGCCUACAAUGCGGCAAGAAACAACGCAUGCAGACAUGUCUUCCUGGAGAAAAUAUACAUCCGUAUUUCCCUUCAUACCAACAAGGACGGCAAGAUCCCAGUGAAAAACAUUUACAAGAUGUUCCCUGCGGAUAAGAAGAGGGUGGAAAGUGCCUUGGCAUCAGCACACCUCCCUAAAGGAAAGUAUGACACCAUGAAGCCUGAUGUCUUCACUGAAACUGCCUUCAGGGCCUUUCUGAUAAAUCUCUGCCCUCGGCCUGAGAUCUAUGAGAUCUUCACUUCAUACUCCAACAAACCCACCAUGACAAAGGAGAAUUUCACCAAGUUCCUCAACGAGAAACAGAGGGACUCUCGGCUCAACGAGGAGCUGUUUCCACGUCUGCGUCAGGACCAGAUCAAGGCUCUGAUUGACAAAUAUGAACCCGCCACCACUAAUUCAAACAGAAGUCUUAUUUCUCCAGAAGGUCUCUUAUAUUUCCUGAUGGGGUCAGAGACAUCAGUUGUCAUGCAGGACAGGCUGGCCAUAUCUCAGGAGAUGACCCAACCCAUACCCCACUACUUCAUCAAGUCCUCCCACAACACAUACCUGACAGCCGGUCAGUUCUCGGGUGUGUCCUCUCCGGAGAUGUACCGUCAGUGUCUGCUGUCUGGCUGCCGCUGUCUGGAGCUGGACUGCUGGAAGGGCAAACCUCCAGAUGAAGAGCCCAUCAUUACCCAUGGCUUCACCAUGACCACUGAGAUCCUCUUCAAGGAUGUGAUUGAGGCCAUUAAUGAGUGCGCCUUCAAGACCUCACAGUAUCCUGUUAUCCUCUCAUUUGAGAACCACGUUGACUCGGUGAAACAGCAGGAGAAGAUGGCAAACUACUGCAAAACCAUAUUUGGUGAUGCCCUGCUUACAGAGCCGCUGGACAAAUACCCUCUAAAGCCGGGCCAGCAGAUCCCCAGCCCGUCUGAGCUCAUGGGCAAGAUCCUCAUCAAGAACAAGAAGGGCAGCCAUGAAAAGCCAGCCCAAACUAAAAAAAAUGCUGCUGCAGCCCCUGACCAGGCCGUAACCGUAACCGCAACUGCAACUGCAACCACAACCACAGAUGCACCCACAGAUGCACCCGCCCAAGACCCAAACACCACUUCCCAGGAUCCCUCCAACCCAGCACCCAGUACCCAGGAGAACCAAGAGGGUGACGCAGCUGCAGAGGACAACGAAGAGCAAGAAGAUACAGAGGAACAGGAUGAGGAGAAAAUGAAGACAUCAGAUGAGGGCACAGCUGGACAAGAAGUAACAGCAUAUGAGGCAAUGUCAUCCAUUGUCAACUACAUCCAGCCCAACAAAUUCAUCUCUUUUGACAAUGCCAAAAAGAAAAACAAGAGUUAUGUCAUCUCAUCUUUUGUGGAGACCAAAGGAGAGGCGAUGAUUGCCAAGAGUGCUGUUGAAUUUGUCGAAUACAAUAAAAGGCAGAUGAGCAGGAUUUACCCCAAAGGAACAAGAAUGGACUCAUCCAACUACAGCCCCCAGCCUUUUUGGAACGUAGGCUGCCAGUUGGUGGCGCUCAACUACCAGACAAUGGAUUUCCCCAUGCAGCUGAACAUGUCUCUGUUUGAAUUCAACGGCAGAACGGGCUACCUGCUCAAGCAUGAUGUUCUGCGUCGCAGUGACAAGAAGUUUGACCCUUUCUGUGACAGGAUUGACACCGUUGUGGCAAGCACAUUAACCAUAAAGAUCUAUUCAGGCCAGUUUCUGUCUGACAAGAAUGUGAAAACAGGAGUCGAAGUGGAGAUCAUUGGGCUUCCGGGAGACCCCAAGAAGAAGUAUCGCACCAAGUGGUCCCCCACACCCAACGCCAUUGACCCAGUGUGGAAUGAGGAGCCUUUUGUUUUCGAGAAGAUCCUGCUCCCAGAAAUGGCCUCUCUAAGACUUGUAGUCCAUGAAGAGAACGGUAAAUUCUUAGGACACAGGAUCAUCCCACUUGAUGCCAUCCAAUCAGGUUUCCAUCACAUAUGUCUGCGCAGUGAGAGCAACAUGCCUCUCACACUGCCUGCUCUCUUUGUGUACAUUGAGGUCAAGGACUACAUCCCUGCUGCCUUUGCAGAUUUCACAGAUGCCUUGUUUAACCCAACAAAGGGGGAGAAGACCACAAAGCCCCCAAAGGAGUCAUCUGCCAACUACGUUUCUCCCUAUGAGUUGCCUCUUGCAGACCAAACACCCGCAGACAAAGCUAAAGAAAGUGAAGCCCCUGCUGCAGAAAAGGCCGCAUCUGAACCUACACCACCAGUUGAUGCCAAAGACGAAUCAUCUCCACCAGAAGCAAGUGCAGAAGAACCUAAAGAAGAGGCUGAGAACAAGUCAGACCCUCCACAACCUGAAGCUGAACCUGAAGAACCUCCUCAAACUCCUGCUGACACUCCUGCUGAAGAUCCAGCCCCGGCUGCAUCCGAAACCAGUCCUGAAGCUGUUCCACCCCCUGAAGAGGCAGCCCCUGAGAAAGAAGCAGCUCCUGAGCAAGAGCCAGAGCCAGAGCCAGAGCCAGAGCCAGAGCCAGAGCCAGCUGAGGAAACAAAAGAGGAGCCGGACAAUGACUCCAGCAUAAACCCAGAGCCUGCUUCAGAUGAUAAACCAGGCACAGAAGCUGCUCCAGAAGAGCCUGCUGUUGUUGCCGUGCCCUGUCCAGCAAGUGCAACUCCUGAGUCUGCAGGAUCAGAUGAGUCAUCUCAGCCACCGACAUCCAGUGAAGAGCCUUCAACUGUGACUACUGAAGAACUGACACAGCACAAGAACUAUCUGAAGGUCAUCAAGCGCCAAGAGAAAGAGAUGAAAGAAGCAGAAAAGAAGUAUCAGAAAAAAGGAGAGGAUCUGAUUCAGAAAUAUUCUGAUUGUUUCAAGGCCAUAAAGAAGAAGGCCUCAGUGAAGAAAAAAGAGGGAGGGGGAAACACCACUGACAACAGUGUAGUGACAGAACGUGCGCAGGAACAGAAGGACAAAAUGCAGGUUGAGCUGCAGGCUUUGUGGUCGGAGCAGAACGAUCAGCUGAGGAAGAAGAAAGAGCAGUGUGCUACAGAGAGACUGACCAAACUGAUGGAGAUGGCCACGGAGAGACACAGCAGUGAACUGAAGACCCUGGAGAGUGAAAGCAAAGAAAAUAAGAAGAGACUCUCAAAGCGUGCAUCCGCAGACAGGGCAAAGCUGAAAAAGGCACAGAGCACAGAGAUGCUGGAUGAGACUAGUCAGGCUGAUGGCGCAUCUCCAGAUUUCAGUGCACAACAAGAGGCUCUGAUGAAGAAACAGGCUGCUACACUGGAGGAAAUCAAGACACUCACUAAUCAGCUCAAUCAGGAGGCCCUGAAGGACCACGAGCAGAAAGUAAGGUCUCUGCCAGCAGAGGUGAAGGAGGCUGUCAAUUCUUGUGUGGGUGCACACUUUCCUGAAAUGGUCGAUCAGGCUGGAGACAAGAAGAUGGAGGGAGUGGGUGUCUAUGGAGAUGUCUUCCUUGGUUAGAUGUGCCUGGCCCUUUAGUGUAACCCUGUCCUAACUUUUUAGAAACCUUUUUCACUCUUAUAUUUUAUUUUAAGCUGUUACAUAAUGUAAGCUACAUGUGAGAAAAACUCUGGGAUAGUAGAAGGUUAUACACACAGAGCUUAAUUAAGGAAGCUCUUUCAAUUUAGAGGUGCUAUUCAUAGACUUUGAGAGUUGUAUGUUUUAAUGGAUGUUCUGUUGAGUAAAAGUUAGAUGAUUUGGAUCUGAUUUUAGUUUUCUAUGUGACUAUUUAUUUAAAUACCCUAAUAUAGCUACAAAUAUCUUCCAGAUGAAAGCCCGUCUCGAAAAGCUUUGGUGUGGCACCCACAGUCCCCUUUAUGUCCUCUUAAUGAGUUCAAAAACAGGAAUAAAUGUAGCAGCAGAAAUGGGUUAUCAGAGUCUGCAGGCUGAGUUGAGACAAUGUCUCCAUCUGUCACACAUGAUGUGUGAUACACAAUGAAGCCACAGCAAAGCAUUCACUCUGAGAUUUAGGUGGGCUGUAGAGAAAGUGUUGCAGAAAAAAGAGACACAUUUAUGUUAUAAUGAGGACAAAUGUCCAAUAGAGAAUUUUCCCUUUGCAAUAAGAUU